UCCUGUUGCUGGUACUCUCUCCGGCAGGUCGCGGUCUCAGCUGCUCUCCUGAUGGACUGUACAGUUACCUGCCAGUUGGACUCUGUGUAAACUGAUGCACAGAGCAAAGACUUUCAGGAGCCACCAUCUUGAUUGAGAAGGGAUUCCGCCAUGUAUCUGGAAAACUCUGAGCAAGGGAAAAUCUCUGGAGAGGGGGAGCUGUCUACCAAAGCCAUCCUUGCUGAAAAAUACGCCGAAGCUGCAGGUCUGAGCGGUGCUUCAAAGACAAACACUGAACUGAGCAUAAAGGUCCUUGUGGAAUACACAGAGCAGAGCGUCAGCAGAGAAAUGGACCCUCCUCUUCUUUGUUUGGAGCGUGACAACAUGAACACAGAGGAGAGUGAAUCAUGUACACAUUGCAGUGGACAGACUUUUAAGGAAUACACUACAACUAAUGGAUUUAUUGCAUCAGAUCAAACCCUCAACGAUGACACUGAAGGAUUAAACCAACUGUUUGCUGAAUGCGCUCAGCACUGUGAGUGUUUGAAAUCGUCCAAGUCCUCUGAGCUCUGUGUUAAUCAUAACUUAGCUUCCGAAAGUAGUCCUAGCUGUGAACACUGUCCAGAACACCUGCUAUUAUUUUUGCAAUGUGAACCCACUGAUCAACACUCAGGGUCUUUGGAGUUUGAUCCGGAUACAUUGGAGGGAAACAGUGGCAGUUUGGGGCAGUCAGGAAUGUCUGUGUUUAUACCUGAAUGCACAGAUGGGCUGGAGUUGCUGCAACAAUAUGAGCUCUCGGAUCAAGACUCCUUCGACUCUGUUGACUCCGAGCAGGACAGGUCAACAGAGGACUCGGAGCAAAGUUUCCCACAUAACAUCUCUAGUUCAGUGGACUCACUGAACUGUGCUGCAGAACUCUGUGGAUUUGAUGAGUGUCAGACUCCAACUGGACACACAGCUGAUGACAGUGGUGAGGAUGAUGAGAGUUAUGAAGCUGUACGAAAUGAAGGGGAGCUCAGUGAUGAAGAGGACAUUACAGAUUUCACUGAURUCCCCUAUGAAAGUGAUGUUGGCGAGAUGCAUUUGAUUACAGAAGAACAAAUCUUUAAAGAAACUUCUGAAACAGAUGAGUUGUCUAGAAAUGACGAUUGUGAGUAUGAGUCAACCCAAUGGUGCCAAUCUGGGAACAGUGUAGAGUCCUGCCCUGAGGACGACGGUUCCUCAGAAGGCUCUUCUGUGGAAACCAAAUCCUUUAAGACUUGUCUUUCUGACCCCUGCUCUGACUCAGAGGAAUCAGAUGAAGAAGCUCAGGAAGACUCAAGUGACGAGCCCACGCAGUGGGAAUCUCUAGAAGAGAGCGACAAAGAAAAACCUAAAAUCACUUUGAACAGAAGUGAUGAUGAACAAAAGAAAAUACCAACUGUUGAUGUUAUUGAGGAUUUCGUUGAUUUGUUUGACAGCCCAGACUGCUUUGGACAUAUAUUUGCACAAAAAAGAAAUUAUGUCUCCUGCUUCGAUGGGGGAGACAUUCACGACCGUCUUCAUCUUGAGGAGGAAGUGCAGAGGCAUCGUGACAAAACUGUAUAUAAACUGGAACACAUAAAAGAAGACGUUGGUGAACAUGAUAAUGACAUGUGUUCUAAAGAUGAAGCUGAAUUAAACAUACAAAACAAUGAUGUGCAUUCAGAAGAAAUGUCUGAAUUAAAUGAAAAUGACGAUAAUGUGGAUUUAGAAUCCGAAUUAAACGAAAAUGACGAUAACAUGGAUUCAGAAGACGCAUCUGAGUUCAAUGAAAAUGAUGAUAUUGUGGAUUCAGAAGAUGCGUCUGAAUUCAAUGUGCAUGAUGAAGAUGAUUCUGAAGAUGCAUUCAAAUCAAAUGAAUGUGAUGAAGAUGCAUGUUUUGAAGAUGCAGUUUUUGAUACAGAUGAGGAAAACUCAAAGCAGAGAGAUGUGUCUUAUGAUUCAGAGAAUCAGUCUGAUGAAUGGACCAUAAGAUCAGAAUCGAGUUCAACCAAAGAUGACACUGAAGAAAAAGGAUCAGAGACGUUGUUCAUGGAGAACAAUGAGGACACAAAUGAUAAUGAAGCCUCUAUUAAUGAUGAAACUUUUGGGUCUGAAGGCCAUAUUUCUGACUCUCAUGACAACAAACUGGAGGUCUGUCUGCACUCUGGUAACGAGGAGAGUAUGUUUGCUCCAUACGCCCAAGAAAUCUCAGUCGAAGGUGAUGCUUAUGAGGAUGAAGUCUCUGCUAGUAAGAACCGUGAUUCUCCUGGCAGCACUUCUCCUAAAGAUGACACAGAAAUGAACUCUGAUCUCAGAAAAGAUGAGAAAGAAAAGCCCGAUCCAGGGCACAAUGAUUUUCUGUCAUGUUCAGAAUUAGAGCCUUAUUGCGCACUCAUAGAUCAGGGGAAAAGUGAAGAGUUUUGUGAGCAAGAUGUUGAAGAUUACUACAGAUACCAGAUUAAAAGCAUUCAGUUGUCUGGGAAACCAAAUGGAUUUAUAAAAGACAGGCAUUCAAACCAACAAAACAGAGUUGAAAAUCUUGAUGACGAUACAUCUCAUGAGAAUAAGGGUAAUUUUUCGUCUCUGGGAGAGACUGAGUCACAAGAUGCUGAAGUCUGCUCAGAGGAGAGCAAAUCUGUUGGAUUUGGAAUUACUGUUGUGGAAAAAGCACCCAAUGAACAAUGUGACAAUGAAUGUGAGCUAGAUGAAAUUUCUGCAGAAAUAAGCCCUCCUCUGGAUAUCAUCCACAGUGUUGUUUCAAAGCACGCUAAUGAGACCACCCAAACCAGGGAUUCCGAUGAGGAGCAGAGUGACGAUGAAUCCCUUGAGCUCUGCGAAUGCGAGUACUGCAUUCCACCAACACAACAGGUUCCGGUGAAACCACUACUUUCACAAGUGACAUCCGAUGAUCCCGGGAAGAUCUGUGUAGUCAUUGAUUUGGAUGAAACUCUUGUGCAUAGUUCAUUUAAGCCACUGAACAACGCAGAUUUUAUCAUUCCAGUUGAAAUCGAAGGAGCACUUCACCAGGUGUACGUACUGAAGAGGCCCCACGUUGAUGAAUUCCUCAAUAGGAUGGGGGAAAUGUUUGAGUGUGUUUUGUUCACCGCCAGCUUAUCCAAGUACGCAGAUCCUGUGUCAGACUUGUUGGAUAAAUGCGGGGCCUUCCAGAGCCGACUCUUCCGGGAGGCGUGUGUGUUCCACAAAGGGAACUACGUUAAAGAUCUGAGCCGAUUAGGAAGAGACCUCAACAAGGUCAUCAUCAUAGACAACUCCCCAGCCUCMUACAUCUUCCACCCGGACAACGCGGUUCCUGUAGUUUCCUGGUUUGACGACAAGUCAGACACCGAGCUCCUUGAUCUGCUCCCCUUCUUUGAGAGACUUAGCAAAGUGGACGAUAUCUAUGAUAUCCUCAAGGAGCAAAGGACUUCGAGUUAACAGGAGCAGGAUUUUUUUGAACAGCGACUGUCUUCAUGGGGCCACGGAGGCUGGUGAGCCACAGGCUCCAGAGUGCUUCCCACUGCAAGGACCAUGCUUUAAAAAAAUCAAAAAAGAACUAAAAAAAUCUCACAUUUAAUCUCAUAAACUCACAUCAUGUURGUUAAAUCCCUCCGUUAUUUUCGGUAUGUGAAACAAAGACUUAACAUGAGGUUACAAGGCCUCUGCAGAUAUCCUUUGCUGUGCAGCAAGUGUGCUGCUGUCAUUAUGUGACAGCUCUGACCUUUGGAAGUGUGCUGCAGAGCAGGAUUGUGUGAACASUUGUUCAGCCCUCUACAAAUAGUCUGCAAUACGUGAAGCACCAUUAGUCAUUUUAAUGUCAUCAUAAUGUAGCAUUUGCACCGUACUAACAGCAUGUUCACACAGAAAAUAACUCAUCUUUAAAUCCUUUAACUCAGUGCUUUAAAAUAAUUCUGGACUGCUAAUGCACAUUUAAAUACUGAAUGUUGUCCAUUUGAAUACAUCUGUUGGUGUUUUGUGUCAUUUUUGUUAAUAUAUAAACCGUCUGAACAGCUUAAAAUGUGUCUCCCACUUUCAAUAAUAAAGUGUAAAAUCUUAUUUUUCUGUA